GCUCUCAAACUCUGCCUGGAGACGCACUCAGUGAGGCGAGACAGACUCUGCUUUCUAAUCCAUUCACAGAGACUGUCAUUCCUAGCUAAUUCUAUUGGAUCUGCUCAAAAAAUCUGUCAUUUUGCCUGGAAUAGUAAAUGCUUGCCAUGAUGCUGAGCUCAGGAUCCCUGUACUUUUAUGAUCAGCCAAAAAUGAAACCAAUUAAAAGGACAAAGAAAAUGCCUGAAGAAUUACCCUCUGACAUGAAAUACAUGAACAUUAACCCACGCCUCGCAAGUUUCAUUAACAGUCUUAACAAAAACCGAAAAGGAGCACAAGCUCACUCUGACAAGAAACCUGCUACAUUACCAAAAGAGGACAAGGCAAGGAAAGAGAAAUAUCCCAUUCUACCUGAAAUCAGUGGCUCUGAUAAUUUAAAGAAUGGUGCAGACAAUCCAAACCUGAGAUCCAGCCACAUCCUCUGUGAUGAAGAACAAUUCAUGAACCCUUUUGAUGAAUAUAAAUAUGUUGCCCCUACAUUGCUGUAUGAACUUGGGAAGUUGUUGCUAUUUUUUUCGCAGUUUGAUAUCAUCUUCCCUCAGGGAGUGGUGAAUGUACUGAAUUACAGCUGGGAAGAGCUCAUUAAAGGGGCAGUUUACAAGAGACCCUGCCAAUCUUUUGCUGGCAAAAAAGCUGCCACAGACACAGCAGGUGUAACACCUGUAGAUAAUGAAAGCAAAGUGGCAGGGGCAGGUGAUGGUCUUCCUGAGAAUGCAGAAAGUACUAAGAAUAACAAAAAUAAGACCAAUACUGCUCUGGCAGAAAAUGUUAAGGGAAAUGAAGAGAAUGUCCAAAAUAGGACAACUGGAAACAAAUCACCCCAGUCCCUUGCCUCCUAUUCACCAGUCACUAUCAGCUUCUCAAUGUCAUCCAGAGCAUGUGAGAACAAAGGAUGGAUUUUUUCAAAACAAGACUCAAAAUCUGAAGAUAUGGAAUGGAAAAGCUUGUGUUCCUGGGCACUGGAAAGACUGCAGCUGGCACAGAUACAAAUUAACAAGCAGGCAACAUCAUUGAAGGAAAAGGGAUUCUGCAAGCCAGUGAUUCUUCGACAUUAUGACAGCACCAAAAAACAGCAUUUAAUAAAACAAAGGAAGAUCGGUAAACCUUCCUCAUUCGCUCUGGUAAAUGGCAAACCACAAAUACCAGAGAUAAAGCGGGAAAAUGCGUCACUACAGAAACUCCAUUAUGCCCUGAUUGAUGGUUCUUCACUGGUUUAGUAUCCUUUAAAUAUGAACAAGUAAUUCUUGUGUAACUAUUUUAAAUAUAUAGUAAAUUAUGAACCCCCUGUUGUAUAGUGUGAAGAUAUUAUAAGUUCCGUGACCAUAUAAAGGCAUGAGGCCAAAAGCUUAAUUAUUUUAUACAGGCCAUGGAACUCCAAGGUUACUUCUAAUUAUCUUAUAUUUUACAACAGGGAGUACAAUAUUCAUUUUCAGUGAUUCAUAAUCAGAUAAUAGAGGAGAUGUAGGUGGACACAAUGGACCAGAUUAAAUUCAAUUAGAA